CAAAAAAAAAAAAAAAAUCCACCCAAAGUUUCUCUCUGUACUCUGUGACUCUAUAGCAGGGCACAAAAACAACGAAUUUCCUUCAAAAACAAUUCACUUUUCUUUUUCCAUACCUUUUUUUUUCAUUAAGUUAACAUUAAAAUAGUAGUAAUUAAUAAAAAUACUCAUUUUGUCUCCAAUCUCUAAAAAUCCCAUUUCCCUCCACACUCUCCUCUACCCUUUUUUAUUUGAUUCCUCUUUUUUCUCAUUCCAGAUUCUUUUGACUUCAUCAUUUCAAGUUUUCUUUCUUUGGGUUCAUUUAAAAUUCAUUCACUUAUUUUGGGUUUUUUCUGUUUAUAUUUUUAAAUAACGUUUGAAUCUGAGCCUGAAAAUACGAGAUGAGUGAAAGAAAAACAUGGGUGGUCUCAACAACAAUAGGGUGGAAGUGGUGAACAGAAAAGGUUGUUCAAAGCUGUUUAUUGGGUCCUCACCUUCGUUUGAACCAAUGCCCCUUUCCCCUGUUGCUUCUUCACUCGGCUCUGAACCGGUUACGGUUCGAUCCACCGGUCCGUUUUCUGGUUUGGUCAUUUGUGUUACUGGCUUAUCUAAAGAAGCAAGGAAACAAGUUAUGGAAGCAACUGAGAGAUUAGGUGGUCAAUAUAGUCCGAGCUUGCAUCCUCAAUGUACCCAUCUGGUGGUUCAGAGCAUAAACGGACGUAAGUUUGAGCAUGCUCUAAAACAUGGAUCAAGAAAUGGCCUGUUCAUCGUUACACUUGGAUGGUUUGUGGAUAGUGUCAAGAGGAAUGUUAGGUUAAGUGAAUCACUCUACACCGUGAAGGGUGUUGGUGAAAAUGGCUCACGUGUAGAUGAGUUGAAGCGGCUCUUGUCUACUGCUUCAGAAAGUUCAUGUCUUCCUGCCAGUUUUCAUGAUACCAAGAAAAUUGACAUGGUUGAAAAACCACAUGUAAGAUAUUCUAGAAGUGACCCGAAAAAUAGUUUGAGUUCAAUGCUGUCUGGUCAUACCCUGUAUAUAGAUUCCGAUAUUUCAGAUGAGCUACGGAAUAAGGUUCUCGAGGCAGCAUCUAAAGAAGGUGCCCUGGUUGUAGAUCGAUGGUUUGUUGGUUGUAAUGCUAGUUAUGUAGUGUGUGAAGGAAAUUCUGUCCAUCGGUAUGUCGGCCACUCUAACAACAUUGUAACGCCGUUGUGGAUCCUAAAAACAGCUAAGGAUAGGUAUCUGCAGAGACUUGUUCACAUGUCUGCUGAUUUGGCUAGGCAGAUUGGAACAGUGCUUGAAAAUUCUCAGAAUGGCAUUGAAGGAGAGGUAAACAAUGCGGGUAACUUCUCUCAAGAUACUCCGAGCUUCAGAAGCAAUGCUAGUUAUGAAGAAAGGCAACAGAUUGUUCAUUCAGCCAAAACCGGGGUUAGAAAUCGUCGUGGUCGCCGAAUGCAGACUUGUCAAACCCCAAUUCGUCCAAUAAGUCCGAGCAGUCUUCUCGAUUCAAUUUGCUGGACGAUAUCUGAGCCAACUUCAACUGCUUCAGUUUUCACCGACUCUUGUAGUGUUGAAGAUGUUAAUGAGCACCAAUCCAUAUUCUUUGAUGCAAAUGGUGAUGGACAGGAUUCCAGGGCCUCAUUUACGAACUCCACCCGGUCUCUUACAGAAAGUGAGAGAAACGAGUUGAUAUUCAAAAACCACUUUCUAACCAUACUAUUCCCAGUUGACCGGUUUUCCGAGAUGGGUCCUUCUUCACGAACAUAUUUCAGCAAUAACGGCUUUACGUGUCUGCAGGUUUUGGAUUAUAUCUAUUCCUUUUACCAGGAGAACAUGUCGAGUCAUGAAAUAGAAGCUGCUAUCCACACGGACUCAAGGCAUGCUGACCGGCUUCGAGCAUCGUACUCUAGCAAAGAGACAGUUGAAUGCGGUGGAAACAUGAUUUUCAAACGAAUCGAUUUCUUAGGAAGUCGUAGAAGCUUCGAAAUGUUAAAGCGUGUUAGUGGGGAUAAUAACAGUAAUGUAUAUGAGCUCUUGAUUAGAGCCUAAAAUAUCAUCAUAUAUAGCAUUACUGGUAAAGGAUUGAAUCUUCAGUCUCAGCAUCAAUACUCAGGCCGACCGCGGAAUAAUACGACACCGUUUUCCAUAUAUUGAAUGUGAAAGCUGGUAGACUUGUUAGGAUAUUAGGGUAAAUAAGACCCCGAACUUGUCGAGUUCCAAUCUGUCCCGACCCUAUAGGGUAAGGUGUUUUGGGCAGGUGUAGGUAAAAUUCAACUUGCCUUAAUAUAUUUACUAACGUUAAUUUUAGGGUUAAUAUGCAAGUUUGUCACUGUGUUACUAUAGUCCAUUAUGAUUGGUAAUAAAUUUAUCACUAUAGUUCUAUAUUGAA